AUGACACUCACAAAGGAUGAUAAUCCAAACACUCAUGCCCCCUCCCCACGGCGCGAUAUGACAUCCUCACCGGCAAGCCGCAUGUUACCCAUCCUCCGGCGGAGUCUGGAUGGCCGAGCUCGGUCCGCUAUAGCCCCGACACCUGGGUAUCAAUCAAUUGAAUCUACCGAGCGGUCGUCCCUCCAAAAAGACGAAGACGCCUUUUGCCGUGAGCUCCGCGUAUUUGGUGGCUCGUGGUAUAACCCCGAGGCGGACGGUGAGGAUUUACUUGUUGGAGGUCGAUGCCAUCUACUCCACCACUUUGAGCCUGCUUUCUCGAUUGUCCGGAAGAUUGCAUACCCCCAGGAAGAGGACGGCGGUGGGGUGUGGGUUCUUGGUGUGGGCUGGCCGUGGGCAUAG